AUGCUGGCCCAGAGAAUCGCUCAGCAAUCGCUGCGGCGGUUGGCCGCCCAGCCCAAUGCUUACCGAUUCGCGGCGCCGGCAGCAAUCGCAACGGGAGCCUUCACCAGCCAGCGAAGACUCGUCGCCGCCCAAGCCGUCCCCGAACACGAAGCCUGCGACAGCAUCCUCGCAAAGCAACGCCUAAACCGCCCCGUAGCCCCCCACCUCGCCAUCUACCAACCGCAAAUCACCUGGUACGGCUCCGCCUUCAACCGCAUCACCGGCUGCGUCCUCUCCGGCGGCUUCUACAUCUACGGCGCCCUGUACCUGGUCGCGCCCGUGCUGGGCUGGCACGUCGAGUCGGCCGUCGUCGCGGCGUCCUUCGCAGCGUGGCCGCUGGUUCUGCAGAUUCUGGCCAAAACGAGCGUGGGCUUCUUCUUUACGUUCCAUUGCAUGAAUGGGAUUCGGCAUUUGACCUGGGAUACCGCGAGCAUGAUCACAAACCAGAAGGUUGCGCAGACGGGGUGGUUUGUUGUUGGGGCUAGUGCGCUGGGUGCGCUUGCGUUGGCGUUUAUAUAA